GUAUUUUCAAGGGGGGAUAUUUCGCUGCUACACGCGAUGUUUUGUUGUUUGCCUUGAAUCGGUCCGAAGUUGCAAUGCAGUAAACACCUAUGAACAAAAAUGAAAGCGAUAAGAAAAACGUUUUAAAUUAGUGCUAGUCAGUUAGCUAUAACAUUCGCCUGUCUGUCUGAAGUUCUGUUAAAAAUGCUGUCAAAUCUGUGACGUAUGGAAAUCUGCGGAACACCACAAGAUAAACAUUGAGGAAGUAGCUAGCUACCUAGAUUGCUAGCUAAUUUGACAGCUGGGUAAGAGCUGUUAGCUGGUUAUGUAGCUGCUGUUUAAUUUAAUAUUUAAUUCGUUUUAAUUCGCAUUUAAUCAUGGACCAAGCAGUCAGCGUCAAUGCAGACCCAUAUAUGCCAUCUGACAGUGAGGGCCAUGGCUCGCGCUGGAGAAAUUGGAGUGGUUUUUGGUUGCUGGGGUUGUGCAAUAACUUUGCGUACGUGGUGAUGCUGAGUGCGGCCCAUGACAUCUUAAAACAACAAGGGUCUCACAACUCCACAUCACCUACCCCUGCCACAGUUGCCUUGCACGUUGAAGGUGGAAACGGUGGAAACAGAAGUAGCUACGACUGCAACCCUGUUUCUACCGCGGCUGUGUUGUUGGCUGAUAUCCUUCCCACUCUCCUCAUCAAGCUCUCUGCUCCAUUCUUCAUCCACAAACUCCCUUAUGGUUUCCGAGUGUUGGUAUGCGUUGCAACAGCGAUUGCAAGCUUCCUUGUGGUGUCCUUCUCUUCUACCGUGUGGAUGAGCACAUUGGGUGUGAUCUUUGCCAGUGUGAGCUCUGGACUGGGAGAGCUCUCCUUCCUCUCUCUCACUGUCUUCUUUAGCAGAGAUGUGUUGGGGGGCUGGGGCUCGGGCACCGGUGGAGCAGGUGUGGCUGGGGCUCUGCUGUACUCUGCUCUCACGCAGGCUGGCCUCUCGCCCAGGGAUACGCUGCUCAUCAUGCUGGUCGUCCCCGUUGCCAUGGUGAUCAGCUAUUUUUUCCUGCUAGUUUUCCCCCCAUCUUUCCCACAGUGGAAAUGCAGGGAGGCGGAGUCUGUGAGGGGCGGUGACUCACAGAGCAGGCGGCCCCUAUUGGAUGGCUCUGAUGAAGAGGAGGAGGAGGAGCGGGAGAAAGGUGCUGAAGGUGUGUUUAUCGUGUCAACAUGUGAAGACAAGGUCACUGGACCACUGACACUUAUUGAGAAGCUACACGUCAUUAAAGGUCUGCUGAGGUUCGUGGUUCCGUUAGGAGUGGUCUACUUCGCGGAGUACUUCAUCAACCAGGGCCUGUUGGAACUCCUGUAUUUCCCAAAGUUCAAUCUCUCCCAUGCAGAGCAGUAUCGCUGGUACCAGACACUGUACCAGGUAGGGGUGUUGGUCUCGCGAUCCUCUCUCUGCUGUGUGAAGAUCAGUAGAAUCUGGGCUCUCUCUCUGCUGCAGUGUGUGAACGCGGUGUUGCUGUUCUUGUCGGUGUACUACCAGUUACUGCCCAGUGCGUGGCUGGUGUUUGUGAUAGUCAUCUACGAGGGGCUGCUGGGAGGAGCUGCAUACGUCAACACAUUCUACUUCAUCAGCAAGGAGACUGGAGACAGACAGAGGGAGUUUGCCAUGGCAACAGCCAGUGUAGGAGACAGUCUGGGCAUCGCCAUCUCCGGCCUCAUAGCUUUCCCAGUCCACAGAUACUUCUGCUCACUGUGAGAGAUAGUAGAGCAAGAAAGACUGGUGGGAAGUGCAAAAUAGGUAGUAUUUCUCAUUGGACAUCUGAAGAAGAGUGGAUGGAAAUUGCUGAUAAUUAUUGUGUUAAUUUUUCGGUUAAAUUAGACUCCUGGCAGAGGUCUGUUCAGACACAUAUCUUCCUGCACCUUAGCAACCUUGUUGGGCGUGUGGUAGAUUCCUCCAUUUACUUAUAAAUCAAAUUGUUAUGACUGGUACUUUCUGGUACAAGUUUCAUAUCACUUCAAAAUAGUUGAUAACUGUCACUAGCCAACUGUAACUGUAAAUACAAAUCUGCAAUCACAAUGUUUUUUAAAUAUAUAUUUUACUACAUUCCAACAUCUAGUAUACUGCUGAAAUCUACAGCCACUAACUUUGUGUCUUUGCUGCUAUUGUUGGGUUGUUAAUUACUGUUAUAAAAUGGUGAAUGCUCUAACUUAACUCUACUAACAGUGUUUACAUGUGGUGGGCUUUUAUGAUCAAUGUUGUAUUUUAUUGUAACUUUUGAAAACGGACCUUAGAUUCUACAAGUGAUUAAAGAUUUGAUUUUGA